AUGUCACAGAGCAAUGCGGCCGGAGCAUGCUUGACUACCACCGGUUUGUCUUACACAACGUCGACCACUACCCAUACUACUCCUACCGAAGAAUCCCCGCUAUUUAUUCGCCCAGAUCCCGGUCAACAAGAUGAAGAUCGCAAGGCCGAGAAUAAUGAAAUUCCUGACGGAGGUCUCUUAGCGUGGACCCAAGUGCUGACUGGACACCUGGUUGUGUUCAAUGUUUGGGGCUAUAUUACAUCAUACGGCUUUUUUCAGGAAUACUACGUCAGAACACUCGAUGUGAGCCCAGCGAAUGCGUCUUGGAUAGGAGCGGUGCAGAUGUUCCUCGUCCAUUUCCUGGCCACUUUCUCGGGGCGAGCGAUGGAUGCGGGUUACCUGAGACAAUGUAUCACCCUUGGGUGUUUCUUUCAAGUCUCCGGAGCAUUGGCAACCUCAUUUGGCACAAAGUUAUGGCAUUUCUGGCUAGCGCAGGGCAUCGUCAGUGGAAUUGGCCACGGGCUCGUCUUUAGCCCCAUGAUCUCGCUGUAUGCGACAUACUUCAACUCCAAGCGAGUGAUGGCCGUCUCGCUGGCUUCUUGCGGGGCAGCGACUGGAGGAAUGAUUUUCCCAGUGGUCGCGUACCAGUGUUUCAACAACAUUGGCUUCGCGUGGACUGUCCGGAUCAUGGCGGCCAUUAUCCUGUUCAACAGCGUUAUAAUUGUCAAGUUUACCAGAUCUCGGAUUAUACCUCGGAGCCCUCCUCCCUGGGUUGAUUUCAGUGCAUUCCGUGAACGCCCUUACCUCCUUUUUUCGAUCGGCUCAUUCCUGAUCUUCGAGGGUAUCUACUUUGCAUACAUCUAUCUUCGACAAUAUGCUCAGGUCCAUACGGAUUUCACUGCAUCGGACUCGCUUCUCCUUUUAAUCCUGAUGAAUGGCGUUGGUGUUCCGUCUCGCAUUGCAUCUGCAUUUGUUGCAGACCGGUGGCUGGGUGCGGUAAGGACUUGCAUUGCAGUCUCCAUCCCUUGCGGAAUCGCCAUUCUAGGGUGGAUUGGUGUACACACCCACGUUGGCAUGUUCAUUUGGGCCACAGUCUACGGAUUACUGGUAAAUUGUGCACAGAGUCAAUUGCCCGCUGCCAAUGCGUACUUUGGAUCCAAAGACCCGGAAAAAUCCGGCGCACGUGUUGGGAUGAUCACCACGAUCAAUAGCAUUCCAUUACUGACUGGACCGUACAUAGCAGGACAGCUGAUCGCGUUACGGGGAGGUGAUUACCUCCAUCACCCUGACUGUAUCCGCCGCAACUCCGGACCCAGUCUCAGUGAAACCAAUCCCUCCCCGAAGGCAAAUUGGCAAUUUGAUCUGCCCGCUUCAAACAUCAAUACAGCUUGCAACCAGCAAAUGCUGCCACAAUGUACAUUCGCUGACGUGGUCUCUGCCCUGAAAGCGGGGAAAGUUGCCGAAGAUGGUAGUGGUGAAUUCAAGCCGAUCGAUGUAUUGAUAAUUCCAGGGGGCCCCGGGACACGCCUGAACCGUAUUUACGACACUAAUACUACAUCCGAUAAAGUUAAAGUCCCCAACACGCAGGAGGUUCAGGACUUUCUGACUGCUGUUGCGCCCUUUGUCCGCCACAGCAUCAUUACUGUUUGUACUGGCAGCCAUGUCCUCUCGCAGACUGGUCUUCUAGAUGGACGCCAGGUGACAACAAAUUCAGCCCGCUACGAUGAUGUCGCUAAACAAACUGGCGACGUGAAAUGGCAGCGCAACAGACGGUGGCUACGCGAUAGUGUUCCCAAGGAUGCGAUGUCUGACGGCCUGUCAUUGCUACCUGGGGUUGAGAUAUGGUCAUCUGCUGGGAUAACUGCAGGGAUUGAUGUGAUGCUGGAGUUUAUUUCGGAGUAUUAUGGUGGUAUCGAAGUCGGAAUAGAGACUGCGAAGCGGAUGGAGUAUCGCUGGGAGCGAGAGAAGGAGGCUUCUCACUUCUUGUGA